AUGGCGACAAUUGAUAAGUCUUGGACCAAAAUCAGAAAUCGUGGUUGCCAUGAAUUUUGGAAUGGUUUACAAGCCUUUUUAGCAAUGGCAUCAGAACAUAAGGAUUGUGAUGGAAGAAUUCGAUGUCCUUGUGUGAGAUGUAUAAAUAGUAGGUUUGAAAAAAUAGAUAGGGUUAGAGCACACGUGUUUGAUCGAGGUUUCAUGCAAGGAUAUGAUACGUGGAUUUAUCACGGCGAGCCUGAGGAUGUUGUCGAUGAUGUAGCAGUUGCAGAUAUUGAAUCAGAGGAUGAAAUGAUACCUAUUCUAGAAGACUUCUUUCCCCCAACAACAGAGGAUGUACAAGGAGAAGAUGAACAACCAACCACAAACCCUCAGUUUGAUGACUUAUUUGAGGAAAUUGAAGCUGAGUUGUAUCCCGGUUGUGAUUGGAUUUCGUCUCUUAACUUUUUAGCAAAGCUAUUGCAUUUAAAAGUUAGGGGAAAAAUUCCUAAUAACAUCUUUGAAGAAUUAUUGAAGCUUUUAAAGUUUGCGUUUCCGAAGGAAAAUAAUAUUCCAUCAACUUACUACGAGGCAAAAAAGAGAUUGAAGAAAUUAGGCUUGGGUUAUGAUAAUAUCGAUGUCUGUUUGUAUAAUUGUUGCUUAUUUUAUAAGGAGAAUGCAUCCAAGGAGGCUUGUCCAGUUUGCGGAACUAGUCGUUGGGUUACUUCCGAGAACGGGAAAGGAAAAAAAGUUCCUUGCAAAGUCAUGCGAUACUUUCCGUUGACACCUCGACUUAAAAGAUUAUAUAGUUCGAGGAUUACAGCGAAAAGCAUGAUAUGGCAUCAUACUGGAAAAUCAAAAGACGAUGGGGUGUUGCGACACCCGGUCGAUGGUUUAGCUUGGAAAGACUUUGAUGCAAAACAUCCCGAGUUUGCAAGGGACCCAAGAAAUGUUCGACUUGGGUUAGCUGCUGAUGGAUUUAAUCCAUUUGGCAACAUGAGUCUUGCAUACAGCAUGUGGCCAGUGGUGGUAGCUAACUAUAAUCUACCACCUUGGUUAUGUAUGAAAGAUAAUUAUUUUUUGCUAUCUACCCUAAUUCCUGGUGCAAAAUCUCCAGGUAAAGACAUGGAUAUAUUUUUAAGACCUUUGGUGGAUGAAUUAAAGGAGUUGUGGAAUAAUGGGGUAGCAACGAGAGAUAGUUCGACCAACUCGAUGUUCACAAUGCGUGCUGCGCUUUUGUGGACAGUGAAUGAUUUUCCUGCUCGUAGUAGUUUGUCUGGGUGGAGUGGUCAAGGUUAUAAAGCUUGCCCUACUUGUAAUGAAGACACGACGUCCAUUCGAGUGAUCGGGAAGACAUCAUAUGUUGGGCAUCGAAGGUUCUUGCCAAGUAACCAUGCAAUGAGAAGGGAUACUCGAUUUGAUGGUAAAGCUGAAAGAAGACCUCCUCCACGACGAUUUACUUGUGAAGAAAUAUUAUCACAAGUUAAUGCUCUCGAACCCCAAAUUCCCGGACAUCAUGAAAAUUUUGGGGGUGUGAAACGUAGAAGAGUUGCAGAAAAUUGUAAUUGGAGGAAAAAAAGUAUUUUCUACGAGUUGGAGUAUUGGAGCACGAAUAUUUUAAAACACAACAUUGAUGUCAUGCAUGUUGAGAAGAAUGUGUGUGAUAGUCUCCUAGGAACCAUCUUGGAUAAUGAUAAAUCAAAGGACACAACCAAUGCGCGCCAUGAUUUAAAGAAGAUGGGUAUUAGGGAAUCGUUGUGGAUUUAUGAAGAUGCGAAUGGGAGGCUAAUGAAACCGCAUGCUCCUUAUGUUUUGACUCGUGAUAAAAGACAACUUUUUUGUCAGUUUGUUAAAGGAAUAAAGUUUCCCGAUGGCUUCUGUUCAAAUUUAAAGAGUAAAGUUUCUCCAGAUGAGUCUAACAUUAUUGGGUUAAAAUCCCACGAUUGUCAUGUCAUUAUGCAGCGAGUACUAGCGGUUGGUGUCCGUAAAUUUCUACCUCGUGACACUGCAACAACUAUUACUCAGUUGUCUUUUUUUGACAUAAUGAUACACUUGGUAUUGCAUUUGCCUGAAGAAGCGAUAUUGGGUGGCCCGGUCUUUAUGAGAUGGAUGUAUCCUUUUGAAAGGUACAUGAAAAAAUUGAAGAAUUAUGUGGGAAAUAAGGCACGUCCUGAAGGGUCAAUUGCAGAAGGUUAUGUUGCUGAUGAGGCAGUAACCUUUUGUUCAAUGUACUUUAAAGGGUGUGAAACAAGAUUUAAUCGGCUUGAUCGAAAUGAAGAUGCGCCUUCUGUUUGUCGCUAUCUCUCAGUUUUUAAUUCUCAAUCUCGUCCUUUAACUAGCGGGCUUAUCAAGGCUCUUGAUCAUACCAGUCGUGAAAAAGCUGAGUGGUACAUUCUUCAAAAUUCUCCUGAAAUCCAAGCUUACUUAGAUGAACAUUUGGACAAGAUCAAGCAUGAAAAUCCUAAUGGUAAUCAUGAUGCCUUGCAUAGGCAAACUUUCCGUCCGUGGUUUCACAAGAAGAUAUAUGAGCUGCACAAGCUUGGAACUUUACAAAAUGGUGAUGAGUUACUCGCUCUCGCUUCCGGGUCUGAUUACUUAGCAACAUUUUACGAAGGUUGUGUAGUGAAUGGUGUUCGGUUUAUUGCAUCAAAGCGAGACCAAAAGCGGAAGACACAAAAUAGUGGUGUUACUGUUGCUGGAACAGAAGGGUUUAAUUAUUACGGCACACUUGAAGAUGUAAUCACUAUAUCUUAUACUGGUGCAUUUACAGUGUCAUUGUUUGAAUGUAAAUGGUAUAACACUAAUCCAUUAAGAAAGAAGACAAUCACUGAAAAUAAUAUAACUAGUAUAAAUACUCGUGGACAUUGGUAUCAAGAUGAACCGUACAUCCUUGCCAACUGUGCAAAGCAAGUUUUCUAUCUUGAAGAUCCACUCAGAGGUCGCGAUUGGAAGGUUGUUGAAGAUAUUAGCCAUCGACAAAUUUGGGACAUUACUGACAACGAAGAUGAAACUGAUGUAGAUGUUGUUAGUGAUUCUAACUCUGCCAAUUUUGUGUUGACAGUUGAUCUUGGAGAGUUGAUUAUGCAAUCGAAUGAACCUCCAGUAAUUGUUGAAUCGUCCGAUCAGUUAGUGGAUUCUGAGAUAGAGAAUAAUGAACUGGAUGAGAAUUAUGUUGCUGAAGAAGUAGAUGAUUUACUAGUUGAACAUGUAGAGGAUGAAAAUGUAAACUUAGUGAAUGAUGGAAAUGAUAGUGAUUCUUCAAAGGUUGUAACUUUUAUUUUGUAA